AUGGGUCUCUACCGCGUCCGCGUGUCCACCGGGUCCUCGCUCUGCGCAGGCUCCAAUAACCAGGUGCACCUGUGGCUGGUCGGCGAGCACGGGGAGGCGGCGCUCGGGGGGCGCCUGCGGCCGGCGAGGGGCAAGGAGGUGGAAUUCCAGGUGGACGUGUCCGAGUACCUGGGGCAGCUGCUGUUCGUGAAAUUGCGCAAACGGCACUUCCUCUCGGAAGAUGCGUGGUUCUGCAAUUGGAUCUCCGUGCAGGGACCCGGGGCCAGUGGGAACGAGUUCAGGUUCCCGUGCUACCGCUGGGUGGAGGGCGAUGGCAUCCUGAGCCUGCCCGAGGGCACCGGUCGCACCGUGGUCGAUGACCCUCAAGGUCUGUUCAAGAAACACAGGGAAGAGGAGCUGGUAGAGAGAAGGAAGCUGUACCGGUGGGGUAACUGGAAGGACGGGUUAAUUCUGAAUAUAGCUGGGGCCACAAUAAAUGACCUUCCUGUAGAUGAGAGAUUUCUAGAGGACAAAAGAAUUGACUUUGAGGCCUCACUGACCAAGGGGCUGGCAGACCUAGCCAUCAAAGACUCUUUAAACAUUCUGACUUGCUGGAAAAGUCUGGAUGACUUCAACAGGAUUUUCUGGUGUGGCCAGAGCAAGCUGGCUGAGCGGGUGCGGGACUCCUGGAAGGAGGAUGCCUUAUUUGGGUACCAGUUUCUCAACGGCACCAACCCCAUGUUGCUGAGACGCUCUGUUCGCCUUCCUGCCCGCCUGGAGUUUCCUCCAGGGAUGGGGGAGCUGCAGGCUGAGCUGGAGAAGGAGCUCCAGCAAGGCACGCUAUUUGAAGCCGACUUCUCCUUGCUGGAUGGGAUCAAGGCCAACGUCAUCCUGUGUACCCAGCAGUAUGUGGCUGCUCCUCUGGUUAUGCUGAAACUGCAGCCCGAUGGGAAACUCUUACCCAUGGUCAUCCAGCUCCAACUGCCACACAAGGGGUCCCCACCACCCCCGCUUUUCCUGCCCACGGAUCCCCCGAUGACCUGGCUCCUGGCCAAAUGCUGGGUCCGGAGCUCUGACUUCCAGCUCCACGAGCUGCACUCUCAUCUCCUGAGGGGACACCUGAUGGCUGAGGUCAUCGCUGUGGCCACCAGGAGGUGCCUUCCGUCUAUACAUCCUAUGUUCAAGCUUCUCAUUCCACACCUGCGAUACACCAUGGAAAUUAACAUCCGGGCCAGGACUGGGCUGGUCGCUGACAAGGGAGUCUUCGACCAGGUGGUGAGCACAGGUGGGGGCGGCCACGUGGAGCUGCUCCAGCGAGCAGGAGCCUUUCUAACCUAUAGCUCCUUCUGUCCCCCUGAUGACCUGGCUGACCGGGGGCUCCUGGGAGUCAAGUCUUCUUUCUAUGCCCAAGAUGCCCUGAGGCUCUGGGAAAUUCUCUCUCGCUACGUGGAGGGGAUUGUGAGUCUCCACUAUAAGACGGACGAGUCUGUGAGAGACGAUGUUGAGCUGCAGGCCUGGUGUCGAGAGAUCACUGAGAUCGGGCUGCUGGGUGCCCAGGACCGAGGGUUUCCCAUCACCCUACAGUCCAAGGGCCAGCUGUGCCACUUCGUGACCAUGUGUAUCUUCACCUGCACUGGUCAGCACUCCUCCACUCACCUGGGCCAGCUGGACUGGUACUCUUGGGUCCCUAACGCACCCUGCACAAUGCGGCUGCCCCCACCGACCACCAAGGAUGUGACCCUGGAGAAGGUGAUGGCGACACUGCCGAACUUCCAUCAGGCUUCUCUCCAGAUGUCCAUCACUUGGCAACUGGGCAGACGCCAGCCCAUCAUGGUGGCUCUGGGUCAGCAUAAGGAAGAGUACUUCUCAGGCCCUGAGCCCAAGGCUGUGCUGAAGAAGUUCAGGGAGGAGCUGGCUGCCCUGGAAAAAGACAUCGAGAUCCGGAAUGCCCAGCUGGACUGGCCCUAUGAAUACCUGCGGCCCAGCCUGGUGGAAAACAGCGUGGCCAUAUGA